CUGCAAAAACAGCCACCUAGAAAUAUUACAAAAUAGAAAAUCUAUUACUAAAAUCAAAAUAAAUCUGCCAACAGGGUAAGAAAAAAUGAUCUUACCAAGAAGUUUCACUUUAAGAAAAUAUCCACUAACUUGUUUUUUUCAAGAUACUUUUGCUGUUGAAAAACUUUCUUGAUAAGAUUAUUUUUUUCUGACAGGACGGAAAAUAAGGCAAUAUUUCUCAAAACUCGAUAAGUCAAAGAGUCUUUUUGCUUUAUGCUGAGAUUCUCCAGUGACCCAGACACUAACUGGUUAAUGAAAAGGCAAGAAAGCAAAAGUGAAAGUGCUGUGAGGAGAUUAUCGGAAGCCUGUUCAGCCCUACAGCAGUGUUGUUUUCUCAACAGUAAUAGUGGUUUUACUUCUCUAACAGUGUUGUUUUCUCAACACUGCUGAGAAAACCGAGCAAAAACAGCAGCUCUGCUUCUUCUGGAAGGAGCUGAACUCCUUGCCUCAGCAUGCCGGACCCUAAGCUGUGUCUGGAGGCUCUGGAGGCUCUCUCUGGCUGUCAGAUCCAGUCCACAACCGGCGCCUCGCAGAUGACGCCGCAGGACUUUGUCAACAUUGUGGCUCUCAGGGAGUUUUACAAGCAGGCUGGAUUUAAGGAACUGGAGUAUGAAAGCAUAGGAACCUUAUCCCUGCAGGACUUCGAUGAUCGAGACCUUUACAGCUCCCCUCCGGCUUUAUGUCAGGGACCCGAAGCCAGCCUGAAACCCGUAGUCAAAAUAAAUCUGCAGAACUUCUUCCAUCCGGAGUUUGACUUUGACUUUACCCAUGUGAAGGAUGGCGAUAAGAAGUUCCUGCGUGGGAAUGAGGAGUACAUCCGCCCCUGUGGGUGGGACCGCGCCGCCCUGCGAGUCGCGCAGCAGUACGACGGCGGCGAUCAGUGGCUCGGGACGGGGACGAGUGCCUGGCCCGUCUCCUACCACGGACAGGGCAUGGACGGCUCGCUCGGCAUCAUCCUGACCCGUGAGGGGAAACCGGACGACGCCCCACAGUUCCUGGAAGCUUGUGCCGCGUCCCUGAUCAGAGAUGAGACGAGGGGAAGAGGGGUGUACUCCACGCCUGACAUCAAGCUGGCUGAGCAGUACUGCAAGCAGUUCACAUCCAAGGUGGACGGGAGGCGGUACAAAGUGCUUCUGCAGAACCGCAUCAACCCACAGAGCAGGAAGCCGUGCAACAGGGAAGGUCUCUGGUUGGUGUACAUCCCCGAAAACAGCACUGACGUCAAGACAAAAGCCAUCGUGCAAGAGUCCCUUCGUCCAUACGGGCUGCUGCUGAAGCUGGCAUGAGCCAAAGUAAAAAUCUUCACGCCGCUCUGAUGCUUCAGAAGGAUUCCACCUCAACAUCACAGUGACAUCAUGACCUUUUAACCCAGGUGGGGUAGAACAGGGGAAAAACUUUAAAGCUGUAAACACUGUCUUCCAACCCUUUGAAGCUAUAGCCGACAUUAAUGUUUGAAUCUGUCCACAAACUGCAGUACUACCACGAAAACUACUGUGACUUUUUCCUUUGGGGAUGUACAAAUACUUCAUCAAGGUGAUUGAACUGUAAUAUAUUACAUUUUCAGCUAAGUGACGAGUGGAGAUAAAGGAUUAAAACAAUGUUCUUCUUGAUGUGAGGGUCAUCAGAAGUGAAAACUGCCACAAACUGGAUUAAAUUCAUCGCUUACUGACACUGGAAAUGUUUGUUUUAGAUUUACAGCUCUGUAUUCUUUAGAUCAUUUCUAAUUUUCCGUUAUUUCAAAAAUGUGUUUUGCGUAAAAUCUCAUUUUAUUUUUCCGACUUAAAAAGGAUGAAUCGAUCAUUUCUAGUUUUUAUGUUACGGGAAAAAAAGUGCACAGAACACAUAGUCCUCUUAUUUACCUUUGAAAUAUAUUAUGUGGCAUUUAUAAAUUCUUUUGCCCAUUAAACAUGACAAUAAAAAAGUACCUUCUAUUGCUAAUCUGAAUAAAAUAAUGUCCAAUUUUGAGUUCUGCAUAUUUUAGUUCACCACUUAGCAGCAAUAAUUGAAAAGUGGUUGAAGAAAUCCUGUUUAUUGGUUAAAUUGAAAAAAAAGUCAUCCUUCUGAGUGCUGUUAAUAAAAAUUCACCUCAAAGCGUCA